AUUACUUGGCAUUCAUCGCCAUUCACUUCAAAUUGAAUAACUGUGCCGUUUUGGCGUUCAGACUGAGGGACAGAUCCGCCAAAACUAGUCUUUUACUGGACAUUGAAUGGGAGGACAACCCGGAAGUGCCGGACAUGGAGUCAAUCGAAUGCGUCGGUUGGGAGAAGAACGAGAAGAACCUAUUGUUGCCCCGAGUGGUCGACUUGAGUGCACUUAUGGAUCCGCACCGGUUGGCCGAAGGGGCCGUCGACUUGAAUCUCAAGUUAAUGCGCUGGCGAUUGGUUCCGUCUCUCGAUUUGGACGCCAUAUGCGCCACAAAGUGUCUUAUCCUGGGUUCAGGAACUCUGGGCUGUUCUGUAGGCCGAGGAUUAUUGGCGUGGGUUAAAGAAAAAUGCAGACAAGAAGUGCAACUUCUGGAGCAACUGAUCGAUGAUAACGAUGUGGUCUUCCUAUUGAUGGACACCAGAGAGAGCCGAUGGCUGCCGACAGUGUUG